ACUUCCAAACUCAGUGGGCGCCCGCCCCCUUGCUUUUCAGGGGAGCAUGAGAAGAGAAAUUUACUAGGGCCACAACAAUUAACAUUCUAGAACAAGGCGGCGGCGGCGACGGCGACGGCGUUCAUGGACAAGGCAGAGGCGGACCGGAAGGUGGAGGAAUCUGUGGAAGAAGAUGAUCAGGUGGUAAAUCCUUGGCAAGUUUCGGCUAAAGAUGGAGGUAAAAUCGACUACGACAAGCUAAUUGACAAAUUCGGAUGCCAGAGGCUCCAGCCGUCUCUCGUCGACCGAGUUCAGCGGCUAACUUCUCGUCCUCCCCAUGUCUUUCUCCGCCGUGGUGUCUUCUUUGCCCAUCGGGACUUUGACGAAAUUUUGAAUGCGUACGAGAGAGGAGAGAAGUUCUACUUGUAUACAGGAAGAGGACCUUCUUCUGAAGCAUUACAUUUGGGACAUCUGGUUCCUUUUAUGUUUACCAAAUAUUUGCAAGAUGCAUUUAAGGUGCCCCUUGUGAUACAACUCACUGACGAUGAGAAAUGCAUGUGGAAAAAUCUCUCUGUGGAAGAGAGCCAGAGACUUGCUCGUGAGAAUGCAAAAGACAUCAUUGCUUGUGGUUUUGAUAUUUCAAAAACCUUUAUCUUCUCUGAUUUUGAUUACGUUGGUGGUGCUUUCUAUAAAAACAUGGUGAAAGUUGCCAAAUGUGUUACAUACAAUAAGGUUGUGGGUAUUUUCGGGUUUACUGGUGAAGAUCAUAUUGGAAAAGUUAGUUUUCCACCAGUGCAGGCAGUUCCUUCAUUUCCGAGUUCAUUCCCACAUCUUUUCUCUGGCAAGGAUGAUCUUCGGUGCUUAAUACCUUGUGCUAUUGAUCAGGAUCCUUAUUUUCGAAUGACAAGGGAUGUAGCUCCUCGCUUAGGAUAUCAUAAACCUGCAUUGAUUGAAUCUUCCUUCUUUCCUGCUCUGCAGGGGGAGACAGGGAAGAUGUCCGCAAGUGACCCUAAUUCUGCCAUAUAUGUGACUGAUUCUGCGAAGGACAUAAAAAACAAGAUCAACAAAUAUGCAUUCUCCGGUGGACAAGAUUCUAUAGAGAAGCAUAGAUUAUAUGGCGCAAAUCUCGAGGUGGAUAUACCAAUCAAAUAUUUGAAUUUUUUCCUGGACGAUGAUGCUGAACUUGAACGUAUAACAAAGGAGUAUGGUGCUGGACGCAUGCUAACAGGUGAGGUGAAGCAACGCCUCAUUCAAGUACUAACUGAAAUGGUAGAAAGACAUCGUAGAGCUCGUGCUGCUGUGACAGAUGAGAUGGUUGAUGCUUUUAUGGCAGUCAGACCACUUCCAAAUAUGUUCGACUGAAGAACUCAUUCAUUGAACCACUAUUUACCGUUUAAAUCAAGAGGCCAGGAUUGGAUGCGACACGGUCGUGCCUCGUCUCUCUCAUCAGAUCAUUUAUGAAUCUGAGGGUUUUCUUUCUUCCUUACAACAUUAACUUUCUAGAACCUAUAUUUAUCCAAAUUUUGUAUUAUUAGGGAAAGACAUUCCUUUUUGGCAGUAAAUCUUUGUAGGUGUUCCGAGGAGCAAUGGACUUUUUUCUUUCUUGGUAUCGAGAAUUGGGCAAGAGUUUGUUUGAUUUCUGCUAAAGAAAAAGUACACUAUAAAUUAAAGAUUCUAUAUAAUGACAUUAUUGAGUUUUCCUUUUGA